AUGUCUGUAACAAUUCAUAUAGUUCGCCACGCCCAAGGCCCUCAUAAUGUUUCGCACGAUGCUCUCAUGAUGCGCGACCCCUUUCUCACCGCAGAAGGGCUGCAGCAAUGUGCACGUGUACAACAAACAUUUCCUUUCACCAUUGACGCUAUCAUUUCAUCGCCGCAAAGACGAGCGAUUCAAACUGCUUUAAUUUGUUUUGGACAAUUCGUUGCUGGUGGAAUACAAGUUGAUUUGCAUGCGGAUCUACAAGAGACUGGUAGCAUUCCGUGCAAUGUCGGAGUGGAUGUUCCAACACUUGAAAAGGAGUUUGGAGGCACGAUUAAUACAGAUAACCUUGACGAUAAUUGGCACCGAACAGGACUGUAUUCAGAUCCAACGCAGCUUAGAGCGCGCGCGAUGCGAGUGAGAAGGGACAUUCGAGAAUAUGCCGUGUCCAUGCUCGAGGGCAUAAAGAAUCAACCUCGUAACCAAGACAUGCACCUUGCUGUUGUUUCCCACUCAAUAUUUAUACCAUUUUUAACUGGCGACUUCUCCGGUGGAGUUAAUUACUUCAGAAAUGCGGAAUGGAGAUCGUAUACGUUCAGGGAUUUAAGAGGAACUGACGAAAAUGCUGCGCUUGUAGAAACUGAUCAAAGCCUCCUACGGCGCAGAGGUACGAGGCCGUCGGCGAGCCAGAAUGCCGCAGGCCAGGCUAGCAUAUCAACCCACGUACGCAAUGAGGGUAGGCAAGGACCAAACCUGUCAACACCGACUCCUAAAGUACUAUAA